UAAAUAGCUGCGAUUCACUUCCUGUUCUGCUGAUGACGCUGAACUGCGUCAGGUCAAACAGAAGGAAGUGACUCUCUGCCGCCAUCUUGUGUUGAGACCGUAUAUAUACUGUCAGUGGUUUCGUUUCACAUUUCUGAAGCUCAGCAUAAAGAUUAAAGCUUGUCGGACUAGAAGAUAUGGGUAUUGCUGUUAAAGCUGGUUUAAUUGGAGCAGGGGCGGUAGGUGCUGUGGUCCUGGCUCCUGUCGCUCUGGGAGCUGCAGGUUUCACCUCAGUUGGAAUAGCUGCAGGCUCCAUUGCUGCUAAAAUGAUGUCUGCUGCUGCCAUUGCAAACGGAGGAGGAGUGGCAGCAGGAAGUGUGGUGGCAGUUCUGCAGUCAGCAGGAGCAGCUGGACUGUCAGGAGCUGCCACUGCAGCUGUGGCCAGCGUUGGAGGAGCAGUGGGAUGGCUGACCAGCCUUCUAAUUCCAUCCUCCAAAAAGAAUGAUGAUGAUGAUGAUGAUAGCAAUGAUGAUGGCAAUGAUGAUGGAAAAAUGAAUAAAAAUAAAUAAAUGUACAAUAUUUUUAA